AUGCCUGUGGCCUUGCGACAGAGACAGGAGGCUGUUGGACACCUGUGGACUCUGGUGGUGCUCGUCUUUGCUCUCAGCAUUGGGGCCCUUGUUAUAUACUUCAUUGAUUCUUCUGAUCCUAUCGAGUCGUGUCAGAACUUCUACAAAGACUUCACGCUGCAGAUCGACAUGGCGUUCAACGUGUUCUUCUUGCUGUACUUCGGCCUCCGGUUCAUUGCUGCCAACGACAAGCUGUGGUUCUGGUUGGAGGUGAACUCGGUGGUGGACUUCUUCACAGUUCCUCCGGUGUUUGUGUCGGUGUAUCUGAACAGGAGCUGGCUGGGCUUGAGGUUUUUAAGGGCCUUAAGAUUGAUACAGUUCUCAGAAAUCUUACAGUUUUUGAAUAUACUAAAGACAAGCAACUCGAUAAAGCUGGUAAACCUGUGUUCCAUCUUCAUAAGCACGUGGCUAACUGCGGCAGGAUUCAUUCACUUGGUGGAAAACUCAGGGGAUCCAUGGGAAAACUUCCAGAAUUCCCAAGCACUUUCCUACUGGGAAUGUGUCUACUUACUCAUGGUUACUAUGUCCACUGUGGGCUAUGGAGAUGUUUAUGCAAAAACCACCCUGGGCCGCCUGUUUAUGGUCUUCUUCAUCCUUGGCGGUUUGGCCAUGUUUGCGAGCUACGUCCCUGAAAUCAUAGAGUUAAUAGGAAACCGCAAGAAAUAUGGUGGUUCCUAUAGUGCGGUUAAUGGGAGAAAGCACAUCGUGGUCUGUGGUCAUAUAACACUUGAGAGUGUGUCCAACUUUCUAAAAGACUUCCUACACAAGGACAGGGAUGAUGUCAAUGUAGAAAUUGUUUUUCUUCAUAAUAUUUCCCCUAAUCUUGAGCUGGAAGCCUUGUUCAAGCGUCAUUUCACUCAAGUGGAGUUUUACCAAGGAUCUGUUCUGAACCCACACGACCUGGCCAGAGUUAAGAUCGAAUCAGCUGAUGCCUGUUUAAUCUUAGCCAACAAAUACUGUGCUGACCCCGAUGCUGAGGAUGCAUCCAACAUCAUGAGAGUAAUAUCUAUCAAGAACUACCAUCCAAAGAUCAGAAUAAUCACUCAAAUGUUGCAGUACCACAAUAAGGCCCACCUUUUGAACAUCCCGAGCUGGAACUGGAAGGAGGGAGACGAUGCUAUCUGUCUUGCGGAGCUGAAGCUGGGCUUCAUCGCUCAGAGCUGCCUGGCUCAGGGCCUUUCCACCAUGCUGGCCAACCUCUUCUCCAUGAGGUCCUUCAUCAAGAUUGAGGAGGACACAUGGCAGAAGUAUUACCUAGAAGGAGUGGCCAAUGAGAUGUACACCGAGUACCUGUCGAGUGCCUUCGUUGGCAUGUCCUUCCCUGUCAUUUGCGAACUCUGCUAUGUGAAACUAAAGCUGCUACUGAUAGCUAUAGAGUACAAGUCUGAUCAAAGGGAGUGCAGCACCCUGAUAAACCCUGGAAACCACGUGAAAAUGCAGGAGGGGACAUUGGGCUUCUUCAUUGCCAGUGAUGCCAAAGAAGUAAAGAGGGCCCUGUUUUACUGCAAAGCGUGCCACGAUGACAUUAGUGAUCCCAAAAGGAUAAAGAAAUGUGGAUGCAAGAAAUAUACACAGAAAAUGAUAUAUUCCAAGACGGCCGCCUACAAGAAAAUCAGACUGGCAUGUUGUUUUGAUUGCAGCCGCUCAGAGCGGGACUGCUCUUGCAUGCCAGUUAAUGUGCGUUGUAACAUGGACUCCCCUCGACGCGACAUCCCACUCUCUGCUGUCUCUGUUAAUGAUUGCUCAGCCACUUUACGUGCCUCUAAAAAUAGCUAUAAUGGAUAUAUCAAGUCAAUCGAAGAGGACCAACAGUUGGCGUUAUCGCCGAAGAAAAAGCAACGUAAUGGAGGCAUGAGAAAUUCUCCAAACUCCUCACCUAAAAUAAUGAGACAUGACCCGCUUGUCAUCCCGGGGAACGAUCAGAUGGAGAGCAUGGACGAGAACAUAAAGAAAUACGACUCCACAGGGAUGUUUCACUGGUGCCCGUCCAAAGACAUCGAGAAGGUCAUCUUGACCCGGAGCGAGGCAGCCAUGACGGUUCUGAGCGGCCAUGUGGUCGUGUGCAUAUUCGGAGAUGUGAAGUCAGCAUUGAUCGGUCUCCGAAACUUCGUCAUGCCUCUGAGAGCGAGCAACUUCCACUACCACGAGCUGAAGCACAUUGUGUUUGUCGGCUCCCUGGAGUAUCUGAAGCGGGAGUGGGAAACUCUUCACAAUUUUCCAAAGGUCUCCAUUUUACCUGGCACGCCGUUGAGUCGGGCAGAUCUGAGGGCUGUAAACAUCAACCUCUGCGACAUGUGUGUCAUUCUGUCAGCCAAUCAGAACAAUAUUGACGAUGCAUCACUUCAGGACAAGGAAUGCAUCUUGGCGUCACUCAACAUCAAAUCCAUGCUGUUUGACGACAGCAUCGGGGUCUUGCAGGCUAAUUCCCAAGGUUUUACACCACCCGGGAUGGAUAGAUCCUCUCCUGAAAACAGCCCAGUCCAUGGAUUAGUGAGGCAGACUUCCGUCACAACGGGAGCAAAUAUUCCCAUCAUAACAGAGCUGGAACCAUUAGCAAAGCCAGGCAAAAGACUGCCUGUGAUUUCAUUCAGUCAGGAUAAAAGCAGUGGGACCAGCAUACAAAUGAUAACUGAGCUUGUGAACGACUCAAACGUUCAGUUCCUGGACCAAGAUGACGAUGACGACCCUGACACAGAGUUAUACCUCACCCAGCCGUUUGCCUGUGGGACAGCCUUCGCCGUCAGUGUGUUGGAUUCCCUAAUGAGUGCUACAUACUUCAAUGACAAUAUCCUCACCUUGAUCCGGACAUUGGUAACAGGCGGGGCGACGCCGGAGCUGGAGGGGCUGCUGGCGGAGGAGAAUGCGCUGCGAGGCGGCUACAGCACACCACAGACGCUGGCGAACAGGGACAGGUGUCGCGUGGCACAGCUGGCCCUGUACGACGGGCCCUUCGCCGACCUGGGGGAUGGGGGUUGUUACGGUGAUCUGUUUUGCAAAGCCCUGAAAACCUACAACAUGUUGUGCUUUGGCAUUUAUCGGUUACGGGACGCACACCUAAACCAACAAAGCCAAUGUACCAAGCGGUAUGUCAUAACGAAUCCUCCCUAUGCGUUUGAGCUGGUGCCCUCAGACCUGAUAUUCUGCCUGAUGCAGUUUGACCACAACGCGGGCCAGUCUCGGACCAGCCUCUCCCACUCUUCCCAUUCAUCCCAUUCCUCCAGCAAAAAGAGCUCCUCCGUCCACUCUAUACCGACCACCAACCGCACCAACCGCGUCAAGAGUAGGGACUCACGAGACAAACAAAAGUAUGUGCCUGCCACCCGUUACGGUCCUAACUGUCCUUUUGCAAAGUGA